GCCGCGACUGAACCUUCUUAAAAUGAGUUCCAUUGGGAGGACCGUAGAGGAUGUGAAGAAGUUGAUCCACCAUGCAAAGCUGACAGAAGACGAGCUGCUUCCAGUGACGCAGACCCUAGAGUUCACGGCUGACUUUGGGGAGGACCGAGACACUAUGGUUCUUCUCGAGUUGGAUACAAAGCUUCUUGAUACCCUUAAGGAAGGAGAAAGUGCUGUACUAAGAGGUGACCCAGAAGAAGGAGCUGUCUUUUGCACUAAAGGAAAGACUUAUGAGGUCCGGGAAGCAGAGACAUCAAAUUCUUUGGUGUUAGUGCCGCAGCUGUCCUUCCCAGAUAGCCUGGAGAAAACAGGGGAGCGUAAAAUUCAGAAUAGUCAGCUGUAA